UGCUCCUCACUCACACGGCUCUCUCAGUUGCCUCCCGCCUAGACAAGAGUCACAGAAACUAAAACGCAACCCACUUCCGGUUACUCCCUCUUCUCUCCACCCGCCAGCCAGACUCCUGGGGGCACCGCCUACGUACGCAUGCUCAGCAGAGGCUUCAACCUUCAAGCGGAGGUUGCCAGUACGUAAUCAACGAUGUGCGGCGCUACACUCCUUUCCGUUGAGGCGCCAAUAUGGCGGCGCCCAUUCUGACACUGCAGCCUGUGGGCGGCCAUGUUGAAGUCAGGAACUGGACUGGGAUGCUCACUACCUUCGCUUCUGUUCCACCUUGUACUGGAAAAUCCCAGCCAAAGGAAAUCGGCGGGAAAAAACAAUGCCUCAAUACAAGAUACAAAUUGGAAGAGGAAGAGAAGCACAAGGAGGGAGAGGAAGAAGAGCAGGAGGAAGGAAAGGAGGAAAAAGAAGAGAAAAAGGGAGUGGAGGAAGAGGAAGAAGAGAAAGAGGAGAAAUUGUCACUGCUUGCUGACAACAUGAUUUUAUUCUUAGGAAACCCUAAAGACUGCAUCAAAAAGUCUAUAUAAGGCAUUAUCAACAGUGGCUUCUUUGUUUGAAGAUGGCUGCCUUCUUCCUGCAUCUUCACAUGGCAGAAGAUCCGUGGAGGAUGAUCAGCACCUGGAGUAGAUGUUCUCAACAGAGCUCCUCUUGUUUCCUUGACUACCCUGGGCUCUGAGCUGCCUUCUCCAGCUGAAAAUCUUUCCAUUUCUCCCUAAAACGCAUCAUGCAGAGGGAGCCUGUGUUUUCAGGAGGAUGAUUCAGAGGGUAGAUGCUGCUCUAAUUAAAUCCCACAUGACUCUGUUCUUUAGUCUUUUUGACUUCCUGUUGUGUUAAAGGAUGCUACCUUUGCUCCCAGGAGGACCUGAAGGAAAGAAGGCUCCUGUGAGCUUUCCCCGUCCUGGGAAGUGAACCUCAUCCUCAGGAAGCACAACUCUUUGAACAUCCACUAGAAACUUGCAAAUCUUAAGGAAGUAAGACAUGGGGAAAGGAACAAGAGAAUGAAAAGGAAACUACAGGCAUCCAGCUUGCUGGUGCCUCUCCUCGGAGAGGGAGAAAUCAAAGGUGUGUGUGGAUACUUCACAGAAGCAGGAAGGUACCAGGAGAAGGAUCUCAAAGAAUGAAGGUGUACUGGCUUAGGUUCCAAGUGCUGCACAUGGAUCUUUUCAUCUGAUUUUCCAGACUCUGGGAAUCAGAUCAUAAACCCAUUUCAGAGGAAAGUCACUCGAGCCCCAGAGAUAAAGGGUGUGGCUGCCUUAGGGAAGAGGAGCACCAGCCACCAAGUGGCCUGGCCUGACCAGCUGCCCUAUUCUGUGUAGUGAAGAAGGGGAGGAGAAAAAUGGAAUUAGUUGCCAGCAUUUAAAUCAAGAGAUCUCACCUGAAACCUGAAUAUGCAAUUUCUUGCAGAAAAUGGGAAGCAUCAGCUCCCCUGGAUCUGCCUUCCUGCCUGCCACUGGGGAAGAGGGCAGCCACCCUGUGGAGAGGGACACAGGUUCCGUGUCUCACAAUGGUCCCCAGUCCCACUCAGAGUCCCAUAGGACAGGAGAGAGAGCACAGAGACAGAUUGCCCACCUCCAUAUGUGAAAGUCUGCCCUGUGUCUGCAGUGACAUUUCAGGCCACUGGAGAAAGGACAGUCCACUUGAAGCAGGAAUGCUUGGGGUGUGGGACUCCUGAGCUGGUCACACCUGGUCAAUAUGAGAAAUGAAUCAGAUUCAGAUAUGGCUGACCCAAGCCAGGUGGCCUGGGGUGGGGGUGGGGACUAAAACAGACAGAAGAGACACAUGACCCUAGCAGCCCACCCUGCUUAAUGCCCAGGUGGCCUGCCUGCUCCACAGGCAUGGGCAGAGGAUUUUUGCACACAGUCCCUGAGGUAACAAGAGUCCUCUGCUUCAAACCCAGCACCUGCCUACAGCUAGUGAAGAUGCCCUGCAGAGUCUUCUGCAGCCCUGGUGUUGGCCCCUGCAACCUCAUGGUGAGGGAGCCACAUAGGAGGCCUGGCCAGCUGGGUGGGGUAUGGGAUUUCACCCAAGGCAGAUGCCACCAGCUCUGGACUGGGCAAGUCCUGGUCACUUCCUAGCCUUCACAGCUUAUUUAUCAGCAGAAAGUGACAUUUUCAGAAUACUUGUGUCUGGCACAAAUCUAAUUGCCCAUAAGUACACCCAGAGGAUCUCAGGGACUGACAGUGAAACUGAAGCAGCCCUUACUUUAUAGACACCAGGGAAAGGCCACCCCUGAGCAGGAGCCUCCAGGGACGGUGCCAGGUUCCACAACAGCACUGUUGUCCCCUCACAGUGGCACUGAUGUGCCUGACUGGGCAUACUCUCCUGUCUCCCAGGCCAGAACUCCCCUGUGACCUCCCUAGAAUUAUCAGGCCUUGUUCUCCCAUGGGAAAGAUGCCCACAUGGGGACCUGUUGUUCACUUGGACAGCAGGAAGUUUGUUUGCUUUUGGAACUUUGGCCAUUUGCCGAUGCCAUUCUCAUGUAAACCCUGUGGCAGAGUCUGGGCUCCUGGCCAGGAGACAGAAGUGGUAUGUGUUUCUGUCUGUGGACCAUAAGGCCCUCCUCAAUGCAACUCAGGGCACUGCCCAUCCUCCCCAGCAGACCUCAUACGCAGGACUCUAAGGAUGAAUGUGGUUGUCUUUGCAUUAGAUCACCAGUUUUAAAAGGCGGACUGCCCAAGUGAUGUGGUCAUUUCUUUGGUAACGUUCACUGUCUCUUGCUACAUAUCUUGAACUAACAGUACCUUGUGGUGAAAUUACACUAAUGAAUCCCUUCCAUGUUGCAUUUGUUCACCAGGUACUUAGGGAGCAUCCACCAUGCACACUAAGCCACAGCCCUGAAGCAGACAGACGACUUCUGUCUUCGCUACCUGUUGGAGAGAUUGGGAGAGAUGGCAGACCACCAAGCAAUUGGGAUAGGGAGGAAGAACAGGCUGUGUUCCUACAUACAGAAGGCUCAUGCCUUGUUAUUCAGCAAACCCCCUACACACAGGUACACACACACCUGUAUUGUACGCCCUAUUAGUUACAUAAUAUUGUCUUUAAACACGUUUUUAACUUACUAAAUUGAUUUGAAAAUAAAAUAAUUAAUUGCCU